AUGGAGGAUGCGAGAGAAGCUGCCGUUGCAAAAUUAGCAGAACUACUCAAGCAUCCAGAUGACCUGAACACCAAGGUCGGUCCCUUGGCACGAAAAUUAGCCAAGGAAAAGGCGUCAAUAGAUGCACAACUCAGCACAGGUGUUCAAACGCAACUCGACAAUGUCCAAGGUGGAUUGGAGACACUGUCAUCAUCAAGAGAGAACAGCGACAAAAUCAAAGGAAACAUGCAGCUAAUUGAUCGGUUGUGUUAUGAUGCCCAGUCCAUGAUUAAAGAGUUUCCUCGUAUUAAAAAGGUAUCACGUAUCCAUCAAAACUUUGUAGCGACGCAACAAAAAGUACAAUCGCUUCAAGAACUCUAUCAACGAUUGAGCGAUCUCGAGCAAAUGUUUGCGCCAAUGCAGGAGGAUAUCUUCAUGUACGACUCGCCGCUUCUCCACGUUCAUUAUCACCUCUUCAAGCUUGAGGAAUUCCGAGAUCAAACCAUGCACCAAGCCCGCGACUCGCCACACGACGUGAUUAUCACACUGAAAACAUACUUUCGACGACUCGAUGUCUUGUCUGACGACUUUACACAGUAUCUCUGGGAGUUAUCUCGAAACUUGCUGAUUCUUGUCGACCGUGAUUGUGGAACAACCAUCGUCAAACUCGCCAAAAUCAUUGAAUUGGAAGAGAAGGCUGACGAGAAGGCAUUGGCGGCACGACAAGCACAGACGAGCCACCAGGACUUACAGGGACAAAAGGGCUGGCGAUUAGCCGAAGGCAAUCCACGCACCAUCAAAUCGUAUCGCGUCGAGUUUUUCGAACAGCUGCAUCAAUCAUUAUUGGAGCGAUUCGAGGAACAAUUGGCGCCGUUCAAGGAAGCCGAAGAUUGGAUGGGAGCAUUGGACGCCACGGACUUCAUCUUUAACGACCUCGAGCUGGUGUUUGAUGAAAUUGUACCGAAGUUCCCCAAAAAAUACAAGAUCUUCCCCUACUUUGUUCUCGAAUAUCAUCGCCACACUUACGACUUUCUGAACCAUAUGGUGAACCAAAAUUUGGAUGCAGGUACCAUUUUGCGUCUAUUGCGGUUUGUCCGAGAUUAUUAUUCGACCAUGAGCACACGCCUGGGUGUCACGGAGGAAUUAUUGGAGCCACAGCUUUUGGAUGGUCAGGAACAGUCGCUGGUCGACGAAUACCUCAGUCUAGUCCGAAGCAGAUUGGUCGAGUGGACAUCCAACCUCAUGUCGGCCGAGUCCAGAGACUUUGUCCAACGUAACCAGCCACCAGAUAUGACAAGCGAUGGUCAGUAUGGUAUGACGGGUGCCGUGGAUAUGUUCCAGAUCAUCAAUCAACAGAUCGAUGUCGCUGCCGACGCCAACCAGGGCAAGCUGUUAUAUUUGGUUGUCAAUGAAUGCCACAAGGUCAUGAAAGACUCGCAGAGUUUUUGGAAGAGGCUGUUGGCUUCUGAGACACGGAAACAGUUGGAGGAGCCUGAGCAGGCACCUGAAGGUUUUGUCGAGUACGUCAUGGCCAUGUCCAACGACCAGAUCAAGUGUGCCGACUUUGCCGAAGAGAUCUUGAAUCGAAUCAUUCCUUUGGUGGAGGGUAAAUACAAGGCGCAGGUUCAAGACAAGUUGACAACUGCCGUGGAUGGAUACAUGCAGAUUGCUGCCAGCGGUCGUGAAGCACUCUUGGAAGUCACAUUUAACGACGUCAAGCCGGUGUUCCACGAAUUGUUUACCCCACGAUGGAUUAUUGCCAAGAUUUUGCUGCCCAUUUGA